AUGUCUGAUAAUAAUAAGAUUGAACCUACUCGUCGAGGCUCGAACGAUAAUAGCAACGGUCCUUGCAACGGAUCUUCAACAAACAGCAACCGGUAUAGCUUAAGCGCUCCCAAGUACAGCAGACAACCACCUUCAGCGUCACAUACGUAUCUGCCUCCAAUGGCAGUGAAUAUCCCGCCUAUAGCCACCAAAUCUUCGUCAAUAUACAGUCUUCUACAUCAAAGUUCCUCUAGCUCGGAAAUACCAAACCCAAUAUUACCGCCUCUUAUUGGUGGCGGCUCCAACACUCACAAUAAUUCUCCCGCACCUGCACAUCCCCCUUCUCAGCCCGCAGCACAACGACACUCUGCUGCGUACUCGAUGUAUCCAUCGUCUAUUAGCCUGAAUAGAUCGAAUUCCUCCGCUUACCCACUCUCAUUCAAAUCAGAGGAGAUUUUGAACAACAACCCUCCCACCAUUGCUAAGCGAACGAAUACCUUCCCGUCAAUUCCAAGUAAUGCUAAAAAGCAGAAAACAAAUCAGGAGAAGCGCAUUUCCUCCAUUUCAAGGAGAAACACACAAGAAAUUAUAGCUAAGCAAAUUGCAGAAAAUAACAAAUCGAAAACGAUCGGAGAGUAUGCACAGAUCGUAAAACAUGCGGAAAUCAAAGUCUUGAGCAUGGACUCUCAAAACACGUCAAAGGCAGCCUUGCAAUUAGCGGAACAAAACAGAGAAAGAGAAAGACAAGUGUUUGCGUUACUUUGGCUGAUGAAAAAUUGUAAGUCACAGCAUGAUAGUUAUGUGCCAAGAGGCAAAAUAUUCGCUCAAUAUGCUUCUUCCUGCUCUCAAAACAAUCUGAAGCCCUUAUCUCAAGCUUCAUUGGGAAAGUUGAUAAGAACAGUCUUUCCUGAUUUGACGACUAGGAGACUGGGCAUGAGAGGUCAAUCUAAAUAUCACUACUGCGGGUUAAAACUAGCUGCCAAUGAAAGCAGCGGGUCUGUGGUCCUUAAUAACAAUACUAAUUCUUUGUCCUUAGUACACAACAACGACCCUAUAUCGCCCCUAUCGUCACCAUCACCAUCGUCGUCUUCGCCGCAGAUGCCUAUAGUUUUAUCACCAUUCCCCCUAGAAAGAAAAUCUAUAUCUCGAACCGCGUCACCAGUUAAGCAAAUCAGUAAUGACAACUCUAACGAACCCGAACCCGAAUCACAACAGCAUAGCGAAACAACAAAUAAAUCAAAUUCUUUAUUAGCAACGACGAAUAAUACAGCGGGAACACUCUCGUCAGAAGAGUUGAGUUUUGACGAUGAUUUAAUCAGUAAAGUUUUCAUUUGUAAGGAUAAACUAUCAGAUAGCUACAAUACCCAAAUAUCAUCGAGUACAGAACAUCCAUUGCCGUCAUUGUACAAGAUAGAGUUCCCAAAGAUUCCCAGAAAUUUACUUCCUUCAGAUACUGAUUUGGAUGUCAUAUCAUCCUUAGAGUCAUUAUAUCAUAUCCAUUGCAAUUCUAUUUAUGAAUGUAUCAAAUUUUUGAAGAGUGAUAAAAUAUCAAAUGCAUUGUUUUUCUCAAACUCCAAUUCUAUUUCACCCACAAUGUUUAAUCUGUUCACCUCUGAGACGUUGAUUGAUUGGGUUACUAGGUGCGACUUAAUCACCUAUACUGGGUUAAUUAAAUUUUUCUCUCAAUUCAUAGUUCAUUCAAAUGAAAUAAGCGAUUCCAUAAUUCAAAAACUGGAAAUAAUGAUCAAACUUUUCCCUGAGCAAGUCAAUAAGGCUGUUGUAGAAUUACCUAGGCCACUAAUGCAAAAAAAAAUAUCCAUCGUUAAUGGAUUUACCAAAUUAGUUAAAAAACUAAUCAAGCUAUUAAAGUUCAUUUUGAACUUUCUAAAAAGUUUUCCUAUUUUUAAAAAUGGCAUGAAUAAUGACUGGAAAAAUAUUGUAAACUUGGAUGAUAUCUUGGACAUGAUGGUUAAUGAGGAUGAUACAAAUUCGGAAACAAACUCAAUAAUGCAACGUUUACAAGGAUUUUGUCAAGUUUUCGUAACGAAAUUUUUGAAUUCCUCUAUGAGCAUCAGUAAUGACCCUUCGAUAUCCAUCGAAUGCAAAUCAUUAAAUGAAAUGAUCAAAGACUUUUGUUUCUUCAUCUCCGAUCAAAGCAAAUUCUCAUGCUUAAAGCUAAUCGAUUGUAGCACAAGAUUCAGAAAUGCAAUAAUCGGUGAUAUCAGUUUGAAGUCAAAUGAAAAUUUACUAUCAUGGCUUUUUCUCAAUAAUGUCCUGGGCCAAUUACAGAACUACUGUUUUGAAGUCUUAAAAUUCAUCAAAGGUCUAAAAGUUUAA